GGAGACAGGAAUAACGAAAUCCAGACUAGAGCACGCAACGCGGGCAGCCGAAAGGAGGGAACGGAAAGGCCGAGCCUACAAGUACAAGCGCCGAAAGCGAAUCGUGCCCGAUUGCAAAAAACUAUGAAUAACAAUGACUGAUGCACAGUUAUUUUCUUCCUGUUCCAAGGAAAUCUCUAAAACUCCUGAAGAUAUAAAUGAAAAUAUUUCUGUAGGCAUUCCCAACAAACAACGUAGUUGUGCUGCUGUAAAUACUCCAGCUGCAUGUGUUAAUAAAGCGAUUAAUCUAAUACAAGAUUUAGAAGUGAAAUUGGAAGAAUCUUUUCUGCAGCAUGAAAUUUUAUAUAACUUGAAAAAACUUCCAUGGGAUUUGGAUGCUAAAACUGUCAAAGAGACUGAAGAGAUCUGUUUAUCAUUCUCUACUGAAGGGAAGGCUGAACAGUCAUUGCACUGGAAAGAUAUUCAGUCUUUAAAGCAGAAAACUUCUACUAUUGUAGCAGAAGUCAUCGAGUUAAUUUCACGAUUAGAAAAUGAGCGUAAAGAUGCUGAAGAAGCCUUAGAGUUUGAGAAGCAACAUAGAAAAAAACUAUACCUAAAUUCAGAUAAACUGUCAUUUUGGAGAUUACAACAGCUUCCCAAAGCUGUUCAAAAAGAAUGGGAGAAAUGUUUGCAAGAUAUAAUAGAAUUACAGUGGCAUUUUGAAGAAAAAAAUGAGCAAUUACAGGAUGCCCAAAAUCAACUGACAAAAAUAGAGGGUGCCAAUUCAGUGAUCCAGAAGCAGAUAAACUUUAUGAAGAAAUACAGCCCUCUGCUGGAAGAAAAGCUAUGUCAUGAAGAUGAUUCAAUGAAAGAAGUAAAAAUAUUAUUUGAGGAGGCAAGCGUUCAGUAUGCUACCGUUCAUCAGAAAUAUUUGGAAGUGCUAAAGUUGCAUGAAGAAAUAAAAGAAGAAUGUGAAGCAAAAAGACUAUAUAUGUUUGAGCAAAUAGAAGCUGAUGAGACUACAUUAAACCAGCUUAGGGAUGAGUUAAAAGAAACUGAUGAGCUUUAUGCUGACAUCAAUAACAAGAUACAUAGAUUGAGGGAGGAAAUACUGGAAAAUGAAAAUCACCUUGAAGAACUAAUCAAGCAAGAAGCAGAUACAAGAACUGACUUAAAUUCUUGGCGUGAUAAAGAAAGGCGUUUGAAGUUGAAAAUUUCAAGACAAGAAAGUGAAAACAAACAAUUGCUAGAUGAGUUUUUGAAAGAGAUAAAAGUUAUGGAAAGCUCAAAAUCCAAUAAAGAAUAUGAUCUACAAAAACUGAAGGAUAAGCUUGCAAAUGAUCUUCAGCAGUUCACUAGUUUGCAAAAUGAAAUCCAAUAUCUUAAAAAUGAAAAUGCUGGAUUUAUGUUCAAAUUCAGAGACAGUGCAAGAAGGAAAAUGGGAUACCAAUCAGAAAUUCAGGUUUUGCAGAAAAAUAUUCGUAGGCUGGAAGAACAUUUAAAAAAAGUAAAUAAAGACCUUUAUGUUGCUGAAAUGGCUUAUGACGACGCCAAAACCAAACUGGAGGAUCUGAAUGAAGGCAUUGUUAAAGAAAAAUCACGUUUCAAGAAUUUGGAAGAGAAUAUUAAAAAACAAAUUAGAGAUGAAAUAAGUGCUUGGAAGCUGACUCAGAAAAGAAUUAAAGCACUACAAGCAGAGUUAGAAAGAAAGAAAAAGGAGCAUAACAAAUUAGAGGAAAAGAUGAAGAGUAAAUUAAAAAAAUAUGAGCUGCUUUCAGCUGAACAAAUAGAAAUACUGGAAAAAAAUAAAGAUGUGCUCAAAGAACUUCUUGAGAAAAUAGCUGAAUUAAAUCAGAAGAUCAAAGAACUUGAUGACAAGGAGGAAAAUGUGAAAAACGAAUUAGAAAAUAAGAAGAAAUAUGUUAAGAACCUAUUAGAUGAUAAAAAGGAGAAAUAUUUAGGCAUUUCAAGCCAAUUUACUAAAGUCAAUGAGGAAAUUGCACAUUUUCAAAAAGAAAUUGCAAAAUUAAAUGCUUUAAGGAAAGGACAUGAAAACCAGGUAGACAAUAUAGAAAAAUGUGUAGUCAUAUUGAGAGAAAAAUAUACCAAAAUAAAGUCCAAGGAGGAAAAUACUCAGAGAUUAGUUGAUUUUCUCUAUGCCCGGCUGGAUGCUGUUAAAAAAAAAAUAAAGACAGACAACAGAAUAUUUGAUGAGCAACAGUGGAAGAGACAAAAUGAUUUGAAAAUUAAGAAGAUUUCCCUGGAUGAUGUACUGGAUGAAAACCUACGCUUGGCACGCGAGUAUCAGAUGCUGCAGAUAUGCUAUCUAAAUGACAAAAAUCAGCUUAUGGAUUUCUAUGAUCAUAAAGAAAGAGCUGAAGCUGCAUUACGGGAUCAGCAACAGGGGGGAUUAUUAGAGACAGUCCAAAAUACAGACAUUUUCUUGAAGUCUUUGACAGAUGGUUUGUCUACUUAGAAGAUAAUGCAAACAACCACUGUGUCUUGGAUGCUGAAAUAUAAGACAAGAAAAGUCACACAGUUCAGAUAACAGUGUAAUUGGACAUUCACCUGUUUGCCAUUUCACACUUCCAUGGACGAAAAACUCACCACCUCCCAGCAUGCCUUGCCAUUCUCUUACUUACAGCAAAUCCAUAACAAUGAAACAGGUGACUUUCAUGCUGCUGUCAGGAACGAUCUAAUUUCAGCUCUGGGUGACUGAUUGCAAUUGGCUUUGCCUCAUCUGAUAAUUAAUCUAUGUCACCAUUAAUUGGAAGAGAGAAUAAUUACUGGUGGUGUUGACAGUGACUGUACGCUUCCCCAGAUUUCCCCAUUGUGUUGGACCGAAUAAAGGCUUUGCGAUUCAGUACUUAAAGUUUAUGUAAACUGUAACAAUACUGAUGCCCAUGUGACACUUUAAGACUCUGUCUAAUGUACUUUUGUUUUUGUGUUUACCAGUCUUUUUUAGCUCACUGAAAGCUGUCUCCCUCAAUCACUCUUCAAUGUUCUAUCUUAA